UCUCACACGGGUGAGCACUUCAAUAUUUUCUUUAUGCCAAUAUUUUUAAAUCGUUUGUCCCUGGUAUCAUAUUUGACAGCUACAUUCAGGUGUGAUGUACAGUUUUUGAAGGCGAAAACAACGAUGUUCAGUCAAGUGUUGUUUACACUGCCUAAAAUCCGGCAGAACAAGAGGUUCUAUGAUCGUGUGGUUUUCUGUGGUCUCGACAAAGCGGACCUAGUUUGAGGGACACGGCGGACCUCUCAUAUUCAUAUUGCCCACUCCAACUUCGGCGGGACACCGCUAGGAAGAUUUGUCAAGAGACGAGUCCGAGCCAAAGCCAUGAGUACUCACCAGCGGAGCGACAUCAUGCUGUCCCCGGGCGGCGAGCAGCCUGGGCGGGAGGAGUCCACCAUGGAGUUCGCGAUGAAGAUGUUCGACAUCGUGAAGGCGGGGUUCGUGUGCAUGGCGAUGUCGGUGGGGUCCAGGGCCGGGCUGUUUGAGGCCAUGGGGCGGCUGGAGGAGCCGGCCACAUGCCAGGAGAUCGCCGAUGCCGCCGGUAUGCGAGUCAGGUACGUCCGUGAGUGGGUGGGCGCCAUGGCCACGUCAGGAGUGAUUGACGUGGUGGACGUGGAGAAGGAGACGUUCUUCCUGCCGCGACACCGCAUCCCCAUCCUCCUGUCCCAGUUCCGCAGGUCAGUCACCCCCUUCUGCCAGCUGGCCGACUGCUUCGCUCAGGCCACAGGCGAGGUGGUCAAGUGCUUCGCCAAGGACGGUCCUACAGGAGUUCCCUACUCGACCUACUCCACGCUGCAGGAUGUGAUGUACCUAGUGCGCAGGUCACACCACGAGGACACGCUUGUGGACCACUUCAUCCCCACCAUCAAAGGACUGCAGGAAAAGCUGGAAUCCGGCAUCCACGUCAUUGACAUCGGGUGCGGCAGGGCCGCCCCUUCCCUGAUCCUGGCAUCAAGGUUCCCCAACAGCACGUUCUACGGCAUCGACCUGGACCCCAAGGCCAUGGCAGCCGCCACCAAGGAAGCAUCGGCCGAGGAGCUCACCAACACCUGCUUCGAGACACACGACGCGGCCAAGCUGCCCGCUGAUUGGUCCAACAAGUUCGACUACGUCACCGCCUUCGACGCCAUCCAUGACGUGGCGUUCCCGGAAGAUGCUCUCAGCGAGGUCCGCCGGAUCCUCAAGCCGGGCGGGCUUUUCUCAUUGGUCGAGAUCAAGGGGAAUUCGAAAAUAUCAGAAAACAUCGGUAACCCUUUCGGCCCGGUGAUGUAUUCCACUAGCCUUCUUCACUGUGUGCCGGUGUCCAUGCACUUUAAGGGGGGGAAGGGUUUGGGGACCAUAUGGGGGAAGCAGUCGGUUUGCUCCAUGCUCCAGGAGGCUGGGUUUAGAGUCCUGGGGGUCAUGGAUGUCCCAGAGACCUUUGACAACAGUACCCGUGUGGGUAGGAUCUUACAGGGCCUGGAUAAGUGGGGCGUGCUGGAGCAGACGGCUGUCGGGUGUGCUGCCUUCAUCUUACUCAGCCUCGUUCUUCUCUUCAUUCUCGACUCGUGCGCCAAGAAGUGGAGGAACAAGGAAGAACUUAAUCACCAGGCAGAGAACAAUAUCAAGUGGGAGCUAGAAAGUACAACAUAGCCGCUAGUCUCUGGACCAUUUUUGAUCAGCACGCAAGAGAAUAAGAAGACGCGAACAGCAGUGCUUCGGAUCAAAAUACUUUGCUUGACAAGAUUUCAAAAAUUAGCUGCAGGCUUUAAUCUCGUUUGUAAGAUUUCCUUUAAUAUCUGAUAAAAAUGCUCAUACAAUUAUAAGGCAGUUGUCUCCAUUGUGUUGAGAACUAUUACUAAGUGUAGCUAAAAAUGACCUAGUCGAGAAUGUUCAUUGCAAACAAUCCAAAACAAUUUAUUGAUUAAGGGGUUAAAGCAUACAUGUACUAGUAUUUAUAGCAAAUGACGUAUUAUAUUUUGUGUUAUAUUUUGCUUGACAUGGUUUUCAAAACUUUGCUGCAGGGUUUAAUAUUGUUUGUGUGAGUACCUUAUCUGAUAAAAAUGCUUACACAAGGUAAUGGUCGGAUAAUUGUCUCUAUUAUGUUGAGAACUAUUACUAGGUGUAGCCAAAAUGACCUUGGUGAGAAUGUUGAUUGCAAACAAUCCAAAACAAUUUAUUGAUUAAGGGGUUAAAGCAUUCUCAUAGAAAAUGACAUGUGCUAUAUUUUGAACUAAUAAGAACUUUCACAUCUGAAAACGUACUUAUUUGACUAUAACAUGGUUAUACAUAAUUUUGGACGUUUGAAGGCAAAAACACCCAUUGUACUGUGCACUAAUAUUAACUAUUUC